GCCACUUUAACUUAAUCGAUUGGUGGCCAAACCUAAUUCAAAAUUUUCCAGCCUCAAAAUUUCUUGUAAAUAUCUUGGUUGCAAUCCCAAUUUUUUUUCUCGAUAGAAUAUCGAUUUUGGGUCAAAAAUUUCUCCUGAAUCUUCUACAAAUUUUUAGUUUUUCUUCAAUUCGUCUUGAAGGGCUAUUUUACAGCCGCGAUAUUGUGGUUCAUGGAUUGGGAGGAAUGUUGAACUGUUUGAAAAUGGAUUUUGGAUCGGGUCAAGAUUCUCCAUUUGCGGCACCGUCUGAACCUCCGAUUUAUUCACCAGUUAUCAAUGGAAUUGGGGCGGCGCCACAUGGGAUGAAUUUUGCUAGUUUUCAUGAGCCGCCAUAUAACACAAUCGAAUCUCCGGUGCCUGAACCGGCUGUUUUUGGUGGGUAUUCACCGGCAAAUUCGCCCAAAUUUUCACUUUCGCCUUCUGAUUUCUCGAUUGAUCGCAGAAAUUUUACUCCUAUUGUCAAUAAUACUGCGGAGCCACCCUUACGUAUGAAUUUUAUGGAGCCGCCAACAUCUGAAUGGUUAGAAAACCUUACAAUCAAACGUUUGGUGCAAGAACUGCUAUUUUUGAAACAUGUAUGGAUGCGUCUUCGUGAGCUUGAGCAACCUAUGGGCUGUAUGGAACAUGGGCAUCCAUGGAUUUGGUCAAAUUUGCAAUAAUACCGUGUGUAUGAGGCAGUUUUGGGCAAAAUUUGGCUCGAAUUUGUUGGGAUUUGGGGCUGAAAAUUGCGUUUUGACGUUAGGGUUGGUGAGGAGAUGGUGGUGGUGUUAGAAUCCGGUGGCCUUGGUGCCGAAAAUUGGGUUCCAUGGUUGUUGGUACCUAUAUUGAAAAUUUUGUAUAUACUUGUGACUGAUUUGUAAUUUUUUAAAAAAUUGGGGGUUGUGGUUGCAAUUAA